AUGUUUACAUAAUUAAUUAUUCCAACCGAACAUUAUUAGUUUGGAAACGCAAAUAAUAUAAAAUCUCCUAAUAUAUCAUAAAUAUGUUUGUCAAUUUAUGACAUGGCUAAGAAAUAAAUUUAAAAAAAACAAAACAACAAAAGUGUAAAAGAUGAAAAACAUGUUAAAAUUGAUAUCUAUAAGUCAGGAUUUGAAGUUUAUUUUAAUAUUCUUUUUGCCAUUUAAUUUAACUUUUGGAAUACUUUAUGUUUUUAAUGACUUUGAUGAGCAUUUGUUAAUACAAAAUAACUUGAUUGCAACGUUUGCAUCAUGGGAAAAAAGAUACUAUGUGAUGUUUAAAGUAAAUCCUUUAUCAUACUCACAAGUUUGGGGAAAUGUUAUUCAUGUUACCAUUGGAGGAGAUUACCAGCGCAAUGGAGAUAGAAACCCUGCAGUAUGGUUUAUAGGUGAUAGCUCAGGAUCAAUGCGUAUUCAUUUUUCAGUCAACGGAGAUUCAUUGGGAUAUAUUGACACCCCUCCUCUAUUGGUUAAUAGCUGGUCUACCAUUCAAAUAUGCCAAGAUAUUAUUGAGGGAAUUUAUUUAGUAUUAAUAUAUAUAAAUGGAAAUUUUAUUCAGAAAAUUGUUAACAAUAUGCCUCAAGCUUUUGAAAAUGUUCUUGUUUAUGCUUCAGAUCCAUGGUACCCUGCAAAAGAUGGUUUUAUUAAAGAUCUCAAAAUUAUAACUGGAAAUGACAAUAUGGUGGAAAACCUUAAGGAGUGUGCAUUGAUAAAAGAUAAUCUCAUAAUAACCUUGCCGUUGCUGGAAAAAACAUUUUCAGUUUCCUUUAAAGUUAAACCAAAAUCAUAUACUCCAAGCAUUCAUUCAUCUGUCAUUCAUCUGACUAUUGGUGGUGAUAUUACAAACUAUGGAGAUAGAAAUCCAGGAGUAUGGUUUAAUAAUGAUGGCUCUGGUGCUUUAUUAAUUUCGUCUUCAAUUAAUGAAAAUGUUGAUUAUUAUAUUUUAACGAAGCCAUUAAAAGUAAAUGAAUGGUCAAGUAUUAGAAUAUCUCAAUUCCAAAUUGAAAAAAUUAUUAUGUAUGCAGUUUAUUUAAAUGGAGAAAACAUUCAUAGCAUUGAAAAUAAACUACCAAAAGCAUUUUCAAAUGUCAAUGUGUAUGCAGCAAAUCCAUGGUACGAAGCUCAAGAUGGUUCUAUUAAAGAUGUAAGAAUAAUAAAUGGAAACGAAGAGACAUGUGGUUUAUUAAUCAAUCUUACUGCUAGAAUUAAGAAUGAAGAAGUACAAACUAAUAUAAACUUAACUACAAACUGCUUAUGUUAUCUUGAGAACAUAACACUUUAUCUACAAGUAGAUCCACUUUUGAUAUUUAAAGGAUUUCUGUGGGAUGACUCAAUUAUAAAUGAAACGUUUGUGGAAAGGAAUGGAAGGAAUAUUUUUGUUAAGGUUAUUAAACUUUAUAAAGACUGGCGUGCAUCAUUUUCAGCUAUCUUUAUUUAUGGAAAAAUUCCGAGUGGUAGGAUAAAUGCAUCUAUACAAAGUUACUCUAAAUGGAGUUUUUGUUAUGGAGAUCCAGUAUAUAAAGUUAAUCAAAUAAGUAUAAACGUGCCCAUCAUAAAAAAACAUAUGACAUCAGUUGUCAAAAUGAAUCCAAUAUGGUAUCAAAGUCAAACGAACAAAACAUUUUUACAGACUGAAACAUAUCAGUUUAUUUGCACAAACAUUCAAAAAAGACAGCCAAGUCCUUGCUAUCAGCGUGAAAUUUCAACAGGAUUAAUUACGUUUUUUUCAAUUCAAUUGUUGGAUGUUUUUGGAUACGAUUCUCGCACGAAAGUUAUAUAUGGACGUACACAUAGGAAUAAUGUUGUUGAGAUGAACAUAAUAAACGGAAAGUUUUUAAUUAUAACUAAAGAAAGAUGUUUUAAAACAGAGGCUUGUCAGCCAUUUUUUACUAAUAUUUGACGUAACUGGAAGUUUUUUUGUUAAUGUCUGCCUUUUUUACAAAAUAUAAUAUAUUUAUCAAUUUAAAUUUAAAUGUUAUG